AUUGUGACUCUCAAAUGAGAUUGGAAUUCUAUUACAAUACAACGGUAGUUUGUUUGUUAGCGUGAAACUUCCGUGAUAGGGUUGGAUUGUAGAGAAUGAUUCGCAGCACUUGCUCGCCCAACGCCACGCCGCUAGCAAACGGUGAUGCGAAGCUCGGGCCCGAAUGGGACCAGACCGUGACAGAGGACUCGGAUGGGACAAGCCGUGCUCGGCUGCCCAGCAAUGAACCACCAUCAGAGCGAAGCGCCCCAGACGCAACUCCGGUUGGCCAAGCCCCUGACGGCGGGGCGGCCGCCUGGCUGGUGGUUUUGGGGGCAUGGUGUGCUCUGUUCUGUACCGCUGGAUGGGUCAACAGCAUUGGUGUCUUCCAAGAACAUUAUCAGACAGAGAUGUUCAGCGACUAUGAUCCAAGCACCAUUGCGUGGAUACCUUCACUGCAGGUGUUCUUCUUGUACGGCAUGGGACCCAUAGUUGGUGCACUAUACGAUAAGUUCGGCCAAAGAUGGCUGGUUUUCCUCGGAAGCGUGCUCCAUGUCUUGGGCCUCAUGAUGGCGAGCCUUGGCACCCAAUAUUACCAUAUCCUUCUUGCCCAGGGCUUUUGUUCGGCUCUCGGCGUCUCCAUGAUCUUUCAACCAGCCCUGAAUUGUGUUCAUGGAUGGUUCAGCACCAAACGAAGCACUGCGUUCGGCAUUGUCAUGACGGGGGCCAGCGUUGGUGGUAUCAUCCUACCCGUCAUGCUCACCCGUCUCAUUCACGACCUCGGAUUUGCCUGGUCCAUGCGGAUCUCUGCUUUUUCCAUUCUGGUUCUUUUGGCCGUCGCCAACCUCACCGUCCGGACCUACGACUCCUCCGCGCAACGGCCGACUCCCUCCAGGUCCGCAUACCUGAAGCCAUUCACCGAAACCGAAUUUGUUCUGGUUGCAUUUGGGUUUCUCUGUCUGACGUAUGGCAUCUUCGUGCCCAUCGACUUCCUGCCUGCCUCGGCCCUCCACGCCGGCAUGGCUCGCGGCCUGUCCCAGGACCUGGUGCCCAUCUUCAACGCCGGGUCUUUGGCGGGGCGUCUUGCAGGAGGCUACAUCGGAGACCGAGUCGGGUGCUUCAACGCCUUCACUGGAACUUGCUUCCUCACUGGCGUCUGGAUCCUGGCCCUCUGGAUCCCGGCCGCGAGCGACGCGGCCAUGGUCGCGUUUGCAGUCCUCUUUGGCUGCUUCUCGGGCGGAUAUGCAUCGCUCCUGUCGCCCGUCAUGGCACAGAUCUCGCCCAUGUCGGAGAUUGGGUUCCGGACGGGGAUUGUUCUCUUCAUGGCGUCCAUCGGCGGGCUGACGACCAACCCAAUCAGUGGAGCCAUCUUGAACGGGGAGGACAGCGGGUGGCUGGGGGUCAAAAUCUUCGCCGGCGUCUUUGCGUUGCUCGGUACUUUCAUGUUCUGUGUUGCUUCGGCGAGGGUCCGCCGGCCGGGAUGGAAGAAGCCCAAUGUUAGCUGACCAAGUAGACCGCACGACGGGGGGCAGGGUAUAGAAAGACCAUCAAUUGUGGGAACGGCUCAUCUCCCAUCGCUCACCCGCGCGGUCCCCCGGCUCUGGACGAUUACCAAUCGGCGACUGGAAGGAGGCUCGAGAUUGGGAUCUUGGUGACUUGGCCCAACUGAGCUCAGGCUUCUUGAU